GAGAAGAGAAGCGGUCGAGAGGAGGGAAGUCUGCACUUCUCCCCUACGAAAGACUCAAAGGAAAUAUGCAGUUUCUACUCCUGUGGCUGACAAAUCUAAUAGUGGUGCUGGAAUACUGCAGUGCAGUUGUGACCCUGGGUGACUGUGAGGCAGCCGGCAUCAAGUGCCACGCUCAGGCUGAGUGUCUGAAGAGCAGAGAAAACUUCACCUGCGAAUGCCGCAUGGGCUACCAGGGCGACGGUUUGCUGUGCUCCGACAUUGACGAAUGCCUCAGCGGUCUGCAUAGCUGUCACUCAAAGGCCACGUGCAACAACAUUCUGGGCAGCUAUAGCUGUUUCUGCACCAGUGGCUAUGUUGGAAAUGGCAAUAACUGCCAGGACAUUGAUGAAUGCCAGAAAGACAACGGAGGUUGCGACGUCAAUGCUCUCUGCACUAACAUUGAGGGAGGGCGACGCUGCCAGUGUAAAGAUGGCUUCACGGGCAAUGGCUUUGGAUGUACUGACAUUGACGAAUGCAAAGACGCAGGUACCUGCCACUGGCAUGCCACUUGUGCCAACAAACCCGGGUUCUACAUCUGCACAUGUAACGCUGGCUAUAAAGGCAACGGAAACUACCUGUGCCUCGACGUCGAUGAAUGCUCAGAGACUCCUUAUGUUUGCUCUUCUUCACUUGGCUAUAAAGGUUGUAAAAAUCUACCUGGCACCUAUCAGUGCACGUGCAGCAGUGGAUUUGAAAGCAACGGGAAGAGCUGUGUGGACAUUAAUGAAUGUUUGGUCAACACCUGCAGUCUAUAUGCACAAUGUGUAAACACCAAGGGCUCCUAUGAGUGCACCUGCAACAGUGGGUUUGUGGGAAACGGCGUGACGUGCGUGGACGUGAACGAAUGCAGUGGAAAAAACCUGUGCGAUGCCAAGGCGACUUGUAUUAACAGGCUGGGGACUUACGAGUGCUCCUGUCCGAUUGGCUUCCUUGGAGAUGGACGUAAGUGUGAAGACAUUAAUGAGUGUGCAAAUCCCAGCCUCUGCCCAUCAACCACUACCUGCGUCAACACUGAUGGAUCAUAUUACUGCGACUGCGGCCGUGGUUUUAUCUUUAAUGAGUCCAAGUGCAAUGAUGUGGAUGAGUGUGCCAUAGGCCGGUGCAGCCCCCAUGCAACCUGUGUCAAUUCUGCUGGCUCCUUCGACUGUACGUGCAAAGAAGGUUUCGAAGGAGAUGGCUUGACCUGCAAGGACAAGGACGAAUGCUCAUUGCCCGGACAGUGUCACUUAAACGCCCUUUGCUUUAACCUUCCCGGUUCCUUCAAAUGCACCUGUAGAGAGGGUUUCUCUGGAGAUGGGGCGGUCCAGUGCAAUGAUGUGAAUGAGUGUCGAGUGAAUAAUGGAGGUUGCAGAAACAAUGCCGCAUGUGUCAACAGCCUGGGAUCCUUCUCUUGCACGUGUCCGAAAGCCUUCAUUUUGAUUAACCGGACUACUUGCCAGGACAUAAAUGAAUGUGAGGAACAGAGCAACCUGUGCAACAAGAAUGAAGUGUGCAAGAACAUUGACGGCUCGUACGAGUGCCCCUGCCAAGUUGGUUACUACCGUCUUCCCACCAGCCUGGACUGUGUUGAUAGGGACGAGUGUAGAGACAACCCUUGUCACGCCAAUGCCACGUGCCUCAAUACUGCCGGGUCCUAUAUCUGCUCCUGCAAGCGUGGAUUCGAAGGAAAUGGCAUAGAGUGUAAGGAUAUAAAUGAGUGCUCUUUGGAGGGCACAUGCCACCCACGGGCACUAUGUACAAACUUAGUAGGAGAUUUCCUCUGCUCAUGUGAGCAGGGCUUCAUAGGAGAUGGCUUCUCCUGUCAGGAUGUGGACGAGUGUGCCCUUUCUGAUUCCACCUGCCCAGCCUUCUCAGUGUGUAUCAACUCCCCCGGCGCUCACGUCUGCUCAUGUUUGAAUGGAACCGUGGCCUUCAACGACACCUGUGUGCCACCCACCACACUGUGCGACCCCGCCUGCGACCAACACGGCCUGUGCCACCGUUCGCCUGCCGGAUACCAGUGUGUGUGUGACCUGGGUUACAUGGGCGAGGACGGAGUGGCCUGUUCGGACAUAGAUGAGUGCCAGAAGGAGAACAUUUGUCCCGAAAAUGAAACGGAAUGUGUGAAUAACCCGGGAUCGUUUUCCUGUGUGUGCAGAAAGGGCUACACUCUCCGUGGAUCAAAAUGUGUUGAUGUGGACGAGUGUGAGACGGGGCAGCAUGAGUGCAGUGAGUUUGCCCAGUGCAACAACACAAUAGGCAGCCAUUCCUGCUUCUGCCUCAGCGGCUUCACAGGUGACGGAAAGAACUGCUCAGACUUUGAUGAAUGCCAAGACCAAAAUGGAGGAUGCCAUCCAGUUGCCAGAUGCAAUAACACGGAGGGAUCUUUCUCCUGUGCCUGUCCACCUGGCAUGGAGGGCAAUGGCUUUGACUGCCAGGAUGUAAAUGAGUGUGACAAGAACUCCUCCCUGCCACACAACUGCAGUGCCCAGGCUUUGUGCCUCAACUCAAACGGGUCUUACAGCUGCGAGUGCCUGCAUGGAUACGAUGGCGAUGGCUUUACUUGUGAGGAUGUGGAUGAAUGUCGACUAACCACGACCUGUGGCAGCAAUAUGUCGUGCAGCAACUUCCCCGGUUCCUACAAUUGCUCAUGUAUCUUGGGUUUGGUGUACGAGAGCGGCACCUGCGUGAGUGAAGACACUUGUAUAAAUGCUAGUAGUCAUUGCGACCCCCUUGCCGAGUGCCACCCACACCAAGGUUCCUUCUACUGCAGGUGCAAACGUGGUUAUGAAGGGAAUGGCACGGACUGCUGGGAUGUGGAUGAAUGUGACAAUUCACAAGGCGGAGUCUGCCGUAACUUCUCCUACUGCUUCAACACUGACGGCUCCUUUAUCUGUGACUGCUGGGAAGGGUUUGAAGACAAUGGGACACGCUGUCAUGAUGUGGAUGAGUGUGUGACAGGGAACUUCACCUGCCCGGAAAACAGUACCUGUAAUAACAAAGACGGGAGCUACGACUGUGCCUGUGACCCAGGUUUCUCAGGCAACAACUCCUUGUGUGUGGACAUAAAUGAGUGCCUCCUUGGACUUAUUCAGUGCCCCAAUUUCUCCAACUGCCUAAACACAAUUGGGUCUGUCCUUUGUAAGUGCUGGGAAGGUUACCAAGGCAACAACACUGACUGCGAGGAUAUUGACGAGUGUGUAGACUACUCCACCUGCCCUGAGCAUAGCACAUGUAUCAACACUGAUGGUGCUUACCUGUGUCCUUGUGACGAGGGGUUUUCCAGGCUGAGUGACGAGGGGUUUUCCAGGCUGAGUGACUCGUGUUUGGACGUCGAUGAAUGUGGUGACAGUGCGACAGGGGAGCGUUGCACCAAUGGGACAUGUGUGAAUGCUAUUGGCUCGUAUUACUGCACGUGUUUCAACGGAUUCUGGAGCAACGGGACGGAGUGCAUUGAUGUCGAUGAAUGCUCAGGCUCUUUUAACUCGUCAGUGUGUCUGCCCCAUUCCACAUGUGUAAACACCCCUGGGUUUUACCUUUGCCCCUGUAAUGAAGGGUUUAUCAUGAAUGGCGCAGAAUGCCAGGAUGUAGAUGAGUGUCACAACCCAGAUGGCAACCCAUGCCCUGAGCACUCAUCAUGUAACAACACAGUAGGCUCCUUCAUCUGCCCAUGUAUCCCUGGGUACAAACCAGUAGACUUGGGAUGCGGGGAUAUUGACGAAUGCCUGGAUAACACCACCUGUCGCUCUGACCAGGUGUGUACAAACCUCCCUGGAGCGUACUCCUGCUCCUGUUUCAUGGGGUAUCAUGAGGAGGGACAGGCAUGCGUGGACAACGAUGAAUGUGAGAAUUCACCGUGUCAUCCCUUGGCACGGUGCUACAACACUCCUGGCUCCUUUUCAUGUCACUGCCCACUGGGCUUUGCUGGAAAUGGCUCCUGGUGCAAAGAUGUGGAUGAGUGCGUCGCCCUGACCAAACCGUGCCACUCUUUUGCUCGCUGUCACAACACUCAAGGCUCAUACGUAUGUGUGUGUAUACCCGGGUUCCUGAGUGUUGGCUCAAUGUGCACAGAUGUCGACGAAUGUCAACAGGGGAAUGUACAUUGUCACGCCGCUGCCACGUGCUCCAACCACGUAGGAGGCUUCAAGUGCUCCUGCAGUCAUGGCUGGAACGUCGUCAAAGACGAUGGACACGGAGGAGAAGCAUGUGUGGACUUGGAUGAGUGUCUGUUACCCACAGCAUGUCCUGGACGUACAUCCUGUACCAACGUGCCAGGGUCUUACAGCUGCUCCUGCACCAACGAUGACACAGUAUGCUCAACAAUGGCUGGACAGGAGAGCAACCUGUACCCCUUUGGAGAAGAGGUUGGUGAUAAAGGUGUAAAGAUCAACAUAGAAGAUGGAAAUUCGCCCUAUAUUAUUCCACCUGUGGGUUUCCCGUUUAUGGGAAAAUUAUACGACAAGGUUUACUUUUCUGACAAUGGUCUUGUUCACUUACAAUCUCCCACUGAGAACCAGCAGUACCUGCUCCCUGCUCCGUCGGCCACUGGCUUCCCCGACAACAUAAACGGGGCUUUGUUGGCCGUCUUUUGGGAUGACUGUGAUCUCACCAUUGGUGAGGGACAACUGUUUUAUCAGGAAUACCAAAAGCCGGAUGUCUCAGACGUCUACUCUCAGUUGGUGUUUAAUCGUACAGCAGAGGAGGUGACAGAAUUUCAGGCGAAGAGAGGCAAGCCUGCUUUUAUCCCUGCAUGGAUCCUCAAGAUCACCUGGGAACAAGUGAUGCCCGUCUCCUACCAGGAGAUUGACCUCUCAAAGACCAACAGUUUCCAGGUUAUCUUGACCACGGAUGGCGAACGCUCCUUUGCUAUCCUACAAUACGGGGAUAUGUUGUGGGGUCCAGGCCAGAGGGUAUAUCACGACGCUAUUAUUGGCUACACAAACGGAAAGUCAUCCUUCAAGGAGACCCCUGUCCCUGCUGACAACAACUUCGGGCCUAGAGGCAGAUACAGGCCCAAUCAGGUGAAAGGACCCCUGGGGAAGUUAGGUCAGCUGGUGUAUGACUUUUCAGAAACAGCAGGAUCAGACACAGCCCCUCAAAUCAGGUGCCAGGCGUGGGCAGUGAAGGAGCCUGACCCUGCUGAGUGGACAGAGGAGCUGCAUUCAUGUCCCUGCAAUAGCACCCAAGCUCAGGAGGACCUGUCCUUCUUGCAGGACACUACUGAUCUGAGCUUGAGGGUGACGAAGCUGAGGAAUCAGCGAUGGGGAGGUGCGGCAGGCCACACCUUUCACUCAGUCCUGUCCAACAGAUAUGGUUCAGGGAAAAGGUGUGUGUAUGAACCAGAGGGUCCGCUGCUCGCUGGGUACAAUGAGCGCUACUACUUUGGACACAGCGAACAGAAACACAUUGAUGAAGACCUCAUGCCUUUCCAGUGGUGUUGUAUGGAGUCUACUCUGUGUCAUCUAUACCUAACCAAGAGGCCACAGGACCGUUGCCAGGGUUACAGCUGGUCCAGCCCUGACAGCAGCACCCCAGGAGGCACAAAGGCGGCACAGGGUGUAGCAAUGGUGUACGGCAGCCUCCAUUUCCUCACCUUCGACGGUACCGAGUACUCCUUCAGGGCACUGGGAGACUUUGUGAUCUUGCGUCUCUCCUCCACCACCGGCUCUAAUAUCUUCACCCUGCAAGGACAGACUGACAGACUGCACACCAGCACAGGGGAGAUCAUUGACGCCCCAGUGAUGGUGCGCAUGGCUGCUUUCCACCAGGGCAUUGGCAAGAUUGAAUGGAGGUGUGCAAAGGAAGGAGAAGGACUCCAGGUCUUGGUAGAUAACGUCAAGGUCCCAGUGAGAAUAGGUGUUUUGCUCCAGGGUAAGAAGGACUUUGCUCUGCGCUGCUUGUCAGCGUAUCGCUGUGUGGCACUGUACGGUGGUGGUCUCCAUGUGGUGGUGUGGCGUGUUGCGCGCCACAAUCAUCUGGCGGCGAUGGUCGGGGUUCCUCAGACCUUCUACAACCGCACCGUGGGUCUCAUGGGUCUCUGGAGCUCCAACCGCUCAGACGAUUUCCUCAUGUCUGAUGGCAGGCUCCUCCCCUCAGCUGACCGCAACCUCCCCUCAGAGGAGACCCUUCAUACAUUCGGCUUGUCCUGGACAGUCCCAGGCCCAGAGAACAUGUUGUUCUCUCCGCCUCCCUUGGUUCCACUGAAGCAUGUUUCCUCUGAGGACCUGCUUGAAAGUGUCAGUCCUGCUGAGGUGGAGAGCCUGAGGAGAACCUGUAAAGGCAACAUGUUUUGUGUUUAUGACAUCAUAGCAUCCGACAGCUCUGACAUGGGCCUACAGACACUGGACGCCAAGAAGCAGUAUCUAAAUCUGGCGCAGAUCUACGGUAACAUGCCUCCCAUAGUGACAGAGCCCAUGGUGAUCCACACCAAGGUCAACGUUACUGUCAACGUUAAGAUGAUUGCUCAAGACCCUAAUGGAGACUCCUUCACCUAUUCUAUAGUCUAUCCCAGACCUCCAGGGUCCUCUAUUGGCAUUGUCGAUGGCUUCCUGAAGUGGACCCCCACCAGCACCCUCCCUGUCGACCUGACCAUCAAAGUCAGUGACGGCUGGUCCAGCUCGCUCUUCACUCCAACCCUGCACAUCUGCAGCUGCCUCAACGGAGGAGCCUGCCAGUACGACAGCGCCAUCGAAAGCCACCAAAAGGGAAAGUUCCAGGUGGUGGGCUGCCUGUGUCCAAAAGGUUUCAGUGGGAAGUUCUGUGAGAACACUGCCAAUAUAUGUCAAGGUCAGCCCUGUUUCAGGGGAGUGAAGUGCCAAUUGACAAAGCCUGACCAGUUCACCUGUGGAGAGUGUCCACAGAACACUGUUUCCAUUGGAAAACAGGGAUACAAGUGCUUUGAGCAUGACAUGUGCAGCCCUCCUUAUCCGUUCCCCUGCCACAAAGACGCCAAGUGCCACAGCACGAAACAAAACUACACCUGCACAUGUAAACCUGGCUUCACGGGAAACGGAUUCAACUGCACAGACAUAGACGAGUGUGCAGAGGUUUCAACCUGCCCCAAUGCCAAGUUUGAGUGUAGGAACAAACCGGGCUCAGUCGACUGCUUCUGCAGAUACAAGGACACCACAGAUACGGAUGGAUGUGGUGACUCUGCUAAUCCUCCAGGCUCGAAUUUGUUCAACGUCUCUGUGAGGUGGAAGGACACCAAGUCUGGUGGACUCAAACAGAUGGAGGAGAUUUUCUCGCAGGGUUUCGAGAACAAGUACUACAAUGUGCGUAAGAAAGACCAAGAAUAUCGUGUCAACGUGUCCAGUGACACGCCCCACUGGUUUCUGGAAGACUUCAUGCGCAGAGUCAGCAAAGAGUACGGCAUCGUGGAGAUUAAAGUCGAUGAUGUGGAUGAGUGUAAGUCUAAGGAGGCAGCGUGUAUUCAUCCAGCCCUCUGUGUCAACACCUACGGAGGAUACAGGUGUGUCUGUAAUGGUACUGAUGUGGAUGAAAGUCAGCCCUGUGUAUUAGAGAGAAGUAAACCGAAUGACGUGAAGCUGGACCUUAUUCUGGGGCUGGUUCUGGGCCUCGGCAUCCCGCUGCUGCUGCUGCUUCUCCUGGCUAUACUGGCCUGUUUCUGCUGCUGCAAGAAAAAGACUGCGACUGGAGACCUCCCCCACUUGUUGCCCAACCACAUCCAGCAGCAGUACAACCCGCCACCCUUCAACUACGGUGACCCUGCUCUGCAAUACAUGACCCACUGCAGCCCUCGGAUCAUAGACAACAUCCCACCCAGGCAGCAUCUCAGAUAGCACAUCGUCAAACCCCAUAAAAAUGUUGGUAAAUCGCACACUGAAAGACAAAUGUACAUGUAUACAAACACAAUGCAAGCACUUUUGGAACCAAGUUGUUUUAUAAUAAUGUUAAGAUGAAUGAGACUUAUUUAUAUUGUAGGCAACAAGUACUUAAAGCAGAAUAAGUUUGAAAGUCAACCAUUUCCAGUUCACUCUGCUGAGCGAUGGACAUGCCAAGUGUGAGUUGGAAGUUGUUGGGUCUUUUUUUUUGCCAGGGCAACAGUUUACGGUCAGAGUCUGACCCAGCAGAACUUGACAAUCUCUUGGCUGAAGGCAUGGAUGAAAAGUAUACCACUGCAGUGCUCUUUAUCUUCCAGCUGACACUGGGCCAACAGCAUCCUUGAGACCAACAUUAGCAUUUACCAGAAUACCUGGCGUGUCACACUCCUGCCCUCUGUUCACACAAUUAUCCAGUUUAUCAAAGUUCUUGUCCAAAAUGUACAAUACAUCAUUCUUUGGGGGGAAAAAAAAGAAAAGGCACCUGUCACCGAAACGUUGCUAAUUUGAUCUAUGUUGGUGUGUAAUUGUUUUGCAAACACAUCAGUCCAUAUCCAUCUCCCUUUGGUCACACAGCAACAAACUAACAGCCGAUGAUUGUUCAUUUGUUGCACCACGGGUUUCACCUGGCAGCUGUUUCUUUUUAAGCAUCAAUUGUAUGUAGGCAGAGGAUGUUGUUGUUUUUUUUUUUUGCAUUUUUCAGCUUCAAAUGCUCUGGCUUGUUUGUCCUUUUGGGCCGCUGUAGAAACAAGGCAGCGCAAGAUGGCGGCGUUCGUCCGGCCUAAAGUGCAUAGAAAAGGCUUAUUCUGAGGCUACGAGAACCAAAAGAGUCAAAACAUUGUGUGAUUAGACAUAUGUAUGUAUAUGGUUUUUAGGUGUUUAAUCACUGUAAAAUAAAAAUGUUUUUGUUCUCGCAGCAUCUAGUAUGAGCCGAUACGAUAUCGGUAUUGGUCCGAUACUGGAUGUAAAAUCUGAUACGAUCCAAAAAUCCUACAUAUCACAUGCUUCACUAUGCAGAGACUGUAAAAACGGAAAUAAAACAGCAUUUUAGCUGA